CUGUAGAGCCGGUUCCUCUUGCUAGUGGGAGUUGUUAAACACUGGUAUUUUUGUAAUCUUGCUAGUGGGAUUAUACACUAGUAAAUCGUGUGCUUGCUAGUGGGAGGUUUAUAACACUGGUUAUGACCUAUAGAGGAGACGUCUAUUUCAUUCCCGUACUUAUACCUGUUUCUCGUGAUUAUACUUGUUGGCAUGCUAUAAGUUUAAUUAAGGGUUAUCCAUAUUUACUUACUGAAUUAUCUCAUAGUUUUUCCUUAUCCACCAUUUCAGGAAGCGAAGUUAGGGACGGGGAAAAACGAGGGGAGUGACAAGUUAGAAGGCUAGCUAUCUUGUAAAUUGAGCAUAGCUUUUAGAUAUAAAUCAUGAUCUUGUAAACUAGACUUUAUUUGGAGAUUUUAUGAUUUCAGAGAAAAUUUUAUAAUUUUAUUUUCAGAUUUUGUGGUAUCGGAUUGUGGUAUGAUAAAGUUUCGAGCUUUAUGCAUUCGUGGGACCCGUUCACGAGUGCACGGCGUCUGCCACGUCCCCAGAUUUGGAUUCUGGGGCGUGACACUUGACUUGUUAACAGCCCUAAUGACCAUCAUGAGUUCUAGUUCUAGCUCAUCUAGAUCCAUUUCAGGUCAUGUAGCUUGAAGGGGAUGGCAAAGGAAUGUUUUACAUGGGAAUAUACUUGUUUGAUUUUUCAGAAAAUUUGUGCCUCUUUCCUUCUUGUAAUGUGAAUGAUCCUGUUCUUGCCACCUCCUUUAAAACCCAAGUCCUGGCUGAAGCAAUUUCACUAGGCGACUUGGUAUAUCCAAACCUUCUUCUUUAGAUUUGUUGUUUUUUGUAUUUAUUUCAAAAUUUCUUCUGUGUCUAUUUUUUUUUUUAAUUAUGGGAUAUAUAUAUGUAUAUAUUAUAGUUUAAUGGUUAAAGUAGAAAUCUUUUUUAAUAACGGAAGAUGUUAAGAUUAAGAGAGUUUUUGUCUCAUAUUCUUGGUUUUAUUUAAAAACUUGAGAAUUAAUUGUAUGAUUUUCA